AUGAACCAAUACCUCCACAUUCUACCAUCAUUUGCCAGCACUCAACGCGAUGGACAGCAGCAGCCCGCCCCGAAGCAGACCUGCUCCCCCGGCGCAUUGCCCACCCACCGUCUCUCGAAGCUCAUAAGAGGAGCCAACGGCUAUCUCUGUCCUUCCCAGGAUGCGAAGACCAGCCUCGAGACGGACGAGGCCCGCAAAGUCGAGGACCGCAAACACAUCCUGGCCUUGCGCAUGAAGAAUGCGACUUCAGCGUCACAAUGGACCUCGGCAGCCCAGGAACUCGAUCUACUCGAAGGGAAUCACGUCUGGAAAUCCGAGGAGAAUGGCGUCGACGGCAUCUACCGGCCCGACGUCGUCCGCGAAAGAAUCCGCGAACUCGACGACGCUCGCACCGCCUGUGAUAUCCGGCGGAUGCUCCAUCUCGUGAGGACUGCUCUGUCGCGUGAGCUCGGUGGCCUCGGCAACAUCGACCUAUACAAGCAUACAUACUUGGGAACAAAGGACCUGAUUGAGCAAUACGUACAAUCUGCAGUAAAAACCAUCGAGGAUCUCGUAGAGAAGAGUGGAUAUCCCGGCGCAUUACCCGACGACUUGGACCACAAUGAUAUCCUCGAAGCUCUGGUCCAGACUCGACAAAGCUAUGGCAGGUCGGCCCUGCUCCUGAGUGGGGGCGGCACCUUUGGAAUGAUGCACGCCGGCGUUCUGAAGGCCAUAUUCGAGGCGGAUCUCCUUCCCCGCAUCAUAUCUGGAGCCUCCGCUGGCUCCAUUGUUUGCGCCGUCUUCUGCACCAGGACGGCGGAUGAGGUGCCCGAAGUCAUCAGGCAGUUCCCCUACGGCGACCUCGCUGUGUUUGAAGAAGAGGGCAGGGAGGAGACUGUUCUUGAUCACGUCAAAAGGCUGCUCACCGAGGGCUCAUGGUCGGACAUCAAGCAUUUGAAGCGGGUGAUGAGAGGGCUGCUGGGCGACAUGACGUUCCAGGAAGCCUACAACCGGACCAGAAAGAUUUGCAACAUCUCGGUUUCCACCGAGUCAAUCUACGAACUCCCGCGACUCUUGAAUUACAUCACUGCGCCCAACGUUAUGAUCUGGUCAGCGGUGGCCGCUUCUUGCUCGGUGCCCUUCAUCUUCAGCGGUGCUACGCUCCUUGUCAAAGAUCCGCAGACUGGCGAGCAUAUGCCGUGGAACCCGAGCCCUCAGCGAUGGGUUGAUGGCUCUGUGGAUAAUGACUUGCCGAUGACGAGACUGGCGGAGAUGUUCAAUGUCAACCACUUUAUCGUGUCGCAGGUCAACCCCCAUGUCGUCCCCUUCCUGGCCAAAGACGACAGGCUUUAUUCAGAACACGACGACUCCCGACCCGAGCUGUUUGGCACGUCCCACAACUCCAAUCUGACGACCACGCUCACGACAUUAGCCAAAGACGAGGUCCUGCACAGGCUUCAAUUCCUGGCCGAGUUGGGAAUCUUCCCCACAGCCGUCACCAAACUCAGGAGCGUCCUGAGCCAGAAAUACUCCGGCGACAUCACGAUCUUGCCUGAGUUCAGUGUGCAAGAUCUCCCACGCAUCCUGAAGAAUCCGUCGGUCGACUUCAUGGAGCGAGCCACUCUGGCGGGCGAGCGGGCCACAUGGCCGAAACUCAGCCGGAUAAGGGAUCGCUGUACGGUAGAAUUGGCCAUUGAUCGAUCCAUACAGGUCCUUAGGGCACGGUGUAUCUUCAGCCAGAGCCAGGUGAACUUGCGCAGACUUGUGACUGGGGUGGAAAGACUGGGUCUUAAGACGUCUUUUGCUCACGGUCUGCACACCGCUGUCUCGACCGGGCCGGUCACUGCUGGCCCUAAUUCACAGUCUUCUCCUAUGUCAGAAAAAGGCAGGCUCCGACACCAGCGCCGAGGCUCGGGGAGCAGCAUUCCUUCCAUGCUCGUGAGGCACCGAAGGCACCUCGCUGAGAUGGAAAAUGCAAUCACGGAUGACGACACAGACGCCGAGGAGCGCCUAGAACUCAGCAGGAGGCGGAGCGGUACUGGACUGUCCUCGUCUGGACGGAGGGAAAGCGCCAACAAGCCUAGAUUCAAGAAGUCGCUGAAAGGGCUUGGAGUCUCUCUGUCCAACCUGGGGCCCAUGACCAGCCCGAUUCCUGCCUAUGUCAGUGGCACAGAAAACGAGGGAAGCGAGUUCGAUUUCUCGAAGCCCUUAGAACCACCGAAGACGUCUGUUCCAGCACUAGACCUAUUGGCCACACCUCCUCAGGCCCCUACGCGUCUUCUCAGGUCUCCAAUCACAUUCUCCCGAUCUUCGCCUCACUUAACGUCGUGGCCCUCGCCUCGACUAGAUAUCGCGUCGCCCACAACCGGCGACCUUUAUACCUCAGACCUUCACACCAGCGACGGGGAUGUCGACUCAACAGCGGAAGAUAGCACAUCGGACCCUGACCCGUACACACAGGCAUGGCUUCCAGACGAUGAGGACACGCCGCGCAAAGAGGACCGCCCUGUUGAUAUCGAGAUAACGGUCGAACAGGCUGAUGCCUCCGACGUCGUAGCAGAAGGCUCGCCGUCCGCUGCGGCUCUUGCAGAUGAUGAGCAAGACACGACAGACGGCGGAGAUGGCCUGUGGGAUUGA